AAAAUAUGGAAAACAGCUAGAAUAUAUUCUAGUAGUUGCUCACAGUCCAGCAGAUUGUAUCGUUUUUGUUAGAUGUCAUUAAAGCAGGCUGAAAUUUUUAGCCACCUCGAAAAUGGCCACAUAAUAUUUAUUUUUUCUUGCUUUUAAAUAUAUAUCAAUCAUAAUUGAUCGCCAAAAGUGCUAAUACUCAUAUCCUUUUUAAAAAACCUUAAUGUGAUUCAAAGUUAAUUUUCUGAAAAAUAAGUCGUUCAUUAAAUAUAGAUUUUUAUUUUUUAAAUAGAAUUAAAGAUAUUUGAAGAUAAAAAAAGAAAUUAAAAUGAGUGAGGAAAAACCAAUACCAAAUAGUGCCAAAUUUGCUAUCGGAGGUCUUUCUGGAAUGGGUGCAACAGUCUUCGUACAACCAUUAGAUUUGAUAAAGAAUCGAAUGCAACUAAGUGGACAAAAGACUUCAACGUUUACUGUUGUAUCCAAUAUUAUUAAAAAUGAAGGUUUUUUCGCUUUUUAUAAUGGCUUAUCAGCAGGUUUAUUAAGACAAGCAACAUACACAACUACUAGGCUAGGAAUAUAUAAUUGGCUUUUUGAAAGAGCCUCAAAAGAUGGCCAACCAGUGUUUGUCGUAAAAGCAGCAUUAGGAAUGAUUGCUGGUGGUUUUGGUGCAUUUGUAGGUACACCUGCAGAAGUAACAUUAAUACGAAUGACUGCUGAUGGUAGACUGCCACUUGCUCAAAGACGCAAUUACAAAAAUGUGUUCGAUGCAUUAUUCCGUAUAAUUAAAGAAGAAGGAUUGCUUACGUUGUGGCGAGGUGCAAUUCCAACUGUGGGACGUGCAAUGGUUGUAAAUGCAGCCCAAUUAGCUUCAUACUCACAAGCAAAACAAAUAUUACUUGAUACGGGUUAUUUCAAAGAAAAUAUCACAUUGCAUUUUUCAUCCUCCAUGAUCUCUGGAAUAAUUACAACUAUUGCAUCUAUGCCUGUAGAUAUUGCUAAAACAAGGAUCCAAAAUAUGAAAACUAUUAAUGGAAAGCCAGAGUAUACUGGAGCAUUGGAUGUUCUUGGAAAAGUUAUUCGUAAUGAAGGACCAUUGGCACUUUGGAAAGGUUUCUUUCCAUAUUAUGCACGUUUGGGUCCUCAUACGGUCCUUACAUUUAUAUUCUUAGAACAAAUGAACAAAGCUUACAAAACAUAUUUUUCAUGAUUAGGAAUUUUGAUGUAAUAUAUUAUCCUAUGCAAAGAUGAUAAUGAGACACCAAAAAUUAUUUCUCAUAUUAUUAUUUUUGUUAUGUAAAAGGUAACUGGUAUACCUUGCACAAAGCGUAUGUAUUCUAUUAACAUAUAGAUGAAAUUAUAUGAUUAUGUUUUA